AUGUCACCCCAGUUGGUGGAUUGCGUCAGGGCCUCUGAGUGCCUUAUUCAGGACAUCUUCACGCUCUACUCGCCGUCCGAGAUCGGAGUUGCAUUUAAUGGCGGAAAGGACAGCGUGGUGAUGCUUGAGUUGCUCCGUAGAGCAGUGACGCUCCCAGUGCUGGCGCAGUGUUGCAUCUUUGUGCUCGAGUACAAUGAUGAGUUUGACGAGCUGCGCGACUUUCGUGCGUGGUACAUGCAAGAGGUUGCGCGAGGCAUGCCGCUAGUGCACCAGGGCGUAACGGAAGAUAUACGACUCAGUCUAUGGAAGCUCACGGAGCAACACCCGCUCAAGGUGGUGUUCAUGGGCACGCGCAAGACGGACCCACACGGCCGCUACCAGAAGGAGGCGGUAGAGAAAACGACACCUGGAUGGCCAGACUUUUUGCGCGCCUGCCCUCUCUUCCACUGGUCUGUGAGCGAUGUGUGGGUGUACACUAAGGUCAUGUGCAUCCCACAGUGCAGUUUGUACGAAAGCGGCUACUCGUCAGUGGGCCGAAGUGCCGACACGAACCGCAACCCCCGGUUGAAGCGAGAGGACGGGAGCUACCGUCCAGCGUGGGAGCUGACAUGCGAUAACGCAGAAAGAGAGGGGCGCCAAGUGGAAUGA